GCGUCGUUGACGCGCGAGCUCGUGACAACGGUUGCUGCUCCCUUCAGAAAUCUCUGACCACUCUAGGAUGGCUCAAGGCAGUGAGUCUUUCAGGUCAACAACCACGAUGCCUUGCAGUAAGAAGCCUGGUCACAAGGGUGAUGGAGUGUCCUCAGUAAAACCAUACAAUGAAGAGCUCUUUGCCAUCAAUAGUAAUGAAACAUCCAGCUUAAAGAGGCAGCAAGAGCAGAGGGAGGGUGUGGAUGAAUGGAAGAGCUCAGUGGAGUGGCUGGAGGAGUGCGGUCUGGAGAGCUGUGGGCUCAGUUUGUCUCACCUCUUCUCUCACUGCUCAACAGCUGCUAUGUCUCUGAGAGAGGACGAGGUUUGCACACAGCUGGAAAUCGGUUCUGACUUACUUGAUGGCUUUGAGAUGAAGCUUUACCAGGCAAUUGAGAUGUACCAUGCCAGAAUACGGUGGCUCACUCACGGCAGCAGGAAGAUGUUUGGGGUGGUGAAAGGAAUCAGACUUGGAGUUCUUAUUGACUCAUCUGUUGUAAACUGCUCUGAAGAGAGGUUGAAGAAUCUACAGCACAACCUCCUGCUUCUUAUGGAGGAGCAGUUUAGUCUAAAGAAGCAGCUGCACUUUCUAUCCUUUGGCACAGAGGUCAGCAGCCUGUGGGACAGACCAAGAGCUGUCACCCCACUGAGUUUUCAGGAGGCUCAGGAGUGGGUUCUGCAGCUGAGGCCGAGUGGAGGCUGUAACCUGCGGCAGGCUUUAGAGAGAGCCUGGAGCCACACACAGCUCGAUUCCCUGCUCAUCAUCCUAGGCUCCUGCCCUGACCAGGAUCCAGAUAAUAUACUUCCCUACAUGGCCCAAGGCAUGCAGGACAAGGAGCUCUCUGUCCAUAUAGUGGCCUAUGACAACUGCAGUCCAAUUGCCAUUGAGACUGUAAAGAACAUUGCUAAAGUCACAGAAGGGCGAUAUCACCUGUUUUCUGCUGCACUGGGUGUGGUGGACAGCAGUAGUGACUUGGAGCCUCUGUGGGCUGAGAUCAAAGCUGCUAGAGACGUUCUCCACCACAUUCGGACAAUGCGACAUGGAGAACUUAAAGACAUGACUGUCAGUGUUGUUUCAGAGAUCUCUACAGGUUUGGAUAGUCUGUCUCUGUCUGAUCUGAAAUCUGAAGCAUAUGAUGCCAGUGCUGCUCUGUGCAUCCAACCCCCAGCUCCUCUGCCCACUACCUCUGCUGAGUGGCUCAAAACCCACAGCCUAAAAGCCAAGAAGCUUAGCCUGUACCAGGUGUUGGCUCCUAAUGUCUACUCCCCCCUAGAGGGCUUUGUUCCCAUUCUGGGAAAGACUGUCCACUCAACAGUGCAUGAGAAAGCUAUGGUCCAGUUUGAGUGGCAUGAUGGAACAGUGAAGAAUGUGCAUGUGGACCCAUCCCUGCUACAGAAUUAUCAGAAGCAGCUGUUGGAGGCUGAACGUGUGUUGGAGGACAGAGUGGUGUGGUUGAGCAAUACUGGCAGCAGGCAGAUUUGGGGAACAGUAUGUGAGCAGAGGGUCCAGGUUCUGCUGGACAUGUCUGAAAUGAAUAGCCACUACCACCUGCACAUCCAGCACGCUGUUCACCUACUACUGCAGGAGCAACUGCCCAACACACACAGCUUCAAUGUCAUAGUGUUUGGAUCAGAUGUAAAACCAUGGAGGGAGCAAAUGGUUCCCCCCACCCAUGAAAACCUUCAGGAUGUCUGGCAGUGGAUUCAGGGUCUAGAGUGUGGAGGGGGCCGUAACACCUUGGCUGCCAUUCAGCAUGCUGUAGAAGCUGAAUCAAACAGUGAUUCCUCUCUGACUCGUGGAGUUUAUCUCCUCACCACCGGCAUGCCAGACCAGGACCCUGAGACCACCUUUGAUGAUGUGAUAGAGUGUUGCAGUGGUUCAGGCGUGCAGCUCCACGUGUGUCUGUUUGCUGGAGAGAACGAACCGCUACGAUGCCUAGCACCCCGCUAUGUGACGUGGGCCGAGACAGCCCAUGUGCUGCGCGGCCUAGCACAUGCAGGCAAUGGCCGCUUUCACUGGAUUACUGACACAGGCAUAGUGGAGAGUGAUGACGUCAUUGUCCUAAUUGGAGAAAUGGAGAAGGCUGCUAAUUACUGGCAGAAGUGCUGUGAAUUACUGGAUUCUCUGGUUCAGCGGCGCUCCAGCAAGGAUGCAGAAGAGGCCGAGUCUCAGGAAUGCUGCAGCCCAGCCUUAUAUUCCCAGGCUAUGCCACAGAGACACAAACUGCCCCCUCCAAGACCCACGCUACUCAGCUUGGCCAGGCUGGGAAGUAAGGAGGGGAAGCGAUCACAUACAUGGAGGCCAAACAGUGCUAAAGCUGUCAUCCCUCCAGCACAUCCAGUAAACAGUUGGGAAGCAGCCAGGCCAGUAAACUCUGCCAACAAGAAGAAGGCUAAAAUAUCCCAUUCUGUUUUCUACUUGGAGAAUGGCAAACUGGGUGCAGUUUUUAAGACAUAUCUAAAACCGAAGAGCAUGCAGAAGCCAGUCAGCACCAUUAAACUUGCUAAACAUGAGGACAUCUGCUCCACUAAACAGUGGCUGAAACAAUUUGGCAUUAGGAGUCUGAAACUAGACCUCCACAAGCUAGUGUCUGGACCUGAGUGCACCCACCGUAAGAAAUUGGUGCGAACCGUCAAUAAGAGCGUGUCCGCAAAGUACUGCACCAUAUUUCCCAGUGUACAACUAAAUGGAUGUGUGCGGCACCUGCUGCUGAGCCCAGGAGAGUUAAAGCAGUACCUGCUUCAGACUGAGAGGGUUCUGCAGCGCUAUGCUCAGAGGAUGCAGUGGCUGCUCUCAGGCAGCAGACGUAUGUUUGGCUGCGUCCUGGAGCGGGCUGUUUGUGUUCUUCUGGACAUGUCUGGCUCCAUGGCCCCCUGUCUGCCCGAGCUACAGAAAGAGUUGGUAUCACUGAUCUGGGAGCAGUUGCAUACUAACAGUGUGAGGUUUAGCAUGGUGGCGUUCUCCAAAGAAGUCCGGGUGUGGCAGGCGGAGCUGGUGGAGGCCUCAGAGGAGAGGUGUAAAGAGGCGGUACAGUGGCUGGGUCAGCUUAGCACCCACGGGAGCACCUCCACCUUACACGCACUGCAGGCAGGGUGUGCGUUUGAAGAUUCAUUGGGUGUAUACCUGAUCACUGAUGGUAGGUUUGACUGCAGCUGCAGUCUAGUGCUGAAGGAGGCCGAGAGACUGACCGCUGGGAAAAACAUCAUUGUCCACACCAUCGCACUCAACUGCCAGGACAGCAUAGCCAGGGAAUUUCUGAACAGCCUGGCCCAUAAGACUAGAGGCCGGUUUCAUCAAGCGCCUUCACAAACAGACUCAGACGCAGCCAAUGAACUCCUGUCCAGCGGCUUCAGUGAGGUAGAGGAUUCAACACUCCCAGCAUUUGAAGGUGAUGAUCUAAAGAGACUGAGAGAAGAGAUUGAAAAGCUGAAAAUGUUCCAGAAACAAGCCAAAGCGUUCAGGGAAAUUAUAUUGGCGAAGAAUCCAGAAGCAGUCUAACCAAUGUACAGGAUUCAAGAGCAUACCAAGUUCAUAUUUUUUAGACUGUAGCAAACUUAAAUCAUGAGCUUUAUUUAAUAAAGUUUACUGUUCCAUUA